AUGCAACGUAUUUCUAACAAGCCGCAAGCAUUAGUUAGGUUUGCACAUAUCACAAAUGAUGUGUUGGAUCAUCGCUAUGUUAAAUAUUUGAAGAAUAUUGUAUUCAUCCUUGUCUUAUUAAAUUAUUGGUCGAAAGUCUAUAAUAAAGUGCUGGUUGGCGGCCCUGUCAGAGCUUACCAUGAUUUGAAAGCACACAUAUUUAAGCUUGUCUUCAAACAAUUACGCCGCUUACCAAGUGUCAAAGCGAAGAUUGACAAAGAAUUAGAAAACACUUUAGCAGGGAUGGAAAAAGAUAUUAUGUCAAAGGAGACCGGACUUGAUAGUCAUCUUACCUUACCUUCAAAAGGUCUUACUGAAGAACAAGUCAUGGAAAAUCUCCAUAGACUAGCAGAUUUGAAAGCAGCAGAUUGGGCUGGAGGCAAAGUAUCUGGCUCCAUUUAUCAUGGUGGUGAAGAUUUAACACGUAUUUUGGCCGAAGCUUACAAAAUUUUUGCUGUUGCCAACCCACUUCAUCCGGACAUUUUCCCUGGUAUUCGUCGUAUGGAAGCAGAAUCUGUCGCAAUGGUAUUAAAUAUGUAUCAUGCUCCAUCUACUGGCUGUGGUACAAUGACAAGUGGAGGAACAGAAAGUAUUCUAAUGGCCUGUAAAGCUUAUCGCGACAUGUAUCAAGAUCUGAAGGGUAUUGAGUACCCUGAAAUGGUAGUGCCUGAUACAAUUCACGCAGCUUUUAUGAAGGCCUCAAAUUAUUUUAAAAUCAAAUUAGUUACUGUUCCUAUCGAUCCUGUCACUUUGAAGGUGGAUAUCAAGAAGGUUGAGAGGGCAAUUACAAAAAAUACGAUAAUGAUUGCUGGCUCAGCCGUCAACUUCCCUCAUGGCAUUGCUGACGAUAUCAAGGCUUUAGGUCAAUUAGCAAAGAAAUAUGACAUCGGAUGUCAUGUUGAUUGUUGCCUCGGUAGCUUCAUCAUGCCCUUCCUGGAAAAAGCAGGAUUCCCUACAACUGACUUUGACUUCAGAGUUGAAGGUGUCACAUCCAUUUCUUGUGACACACAUAAAUACGGUUUUGCUGCCAAAGGUUCCUCUAUCAUCAUGUAUCGCAAUGCGAAGAUUCGCAAGUACCAAUAUUUCCUUUAUUCACAAUGGACGGGUGGUAUAUACGCCUCACCUAGUAUUGCCGGUUCACGUCCUGGAGCUUUGAUUGCGGGUUGCUGGUCUGCUUUGAUGCAUUUGGGCGAAGAUGGCUAUUUGGAUACAUGUAGAAAGAUCAUUGGUGCUCGUCGUACUAUGGAAGCAGCUGUGCGUUCUAUUCCCCAAUUGCACGUGAAGGGAGAUCCUAUUGGACCUGUGCUGGCGUUUGGUGCCAAUGACCCGCUCAAUAUUUAUGAUGUGGGUGACAAAUUGUCAGCUCGAGGCUGGAGUUUGAGCGCUUUGCAGAAUCCCCCGGGCAUUCAUGUGUCAGUUACUUUGCCUUGGGUAAAUAGUGCCGAUCAGUUUGUAAAAGAUCUUAAAGAAAGUGUGCAGGAGCUUUUAGAUGAUCCAUCUUCUGGUAAUGGAUCUACAGCGGCUAUUUACGGCACAGCAGCUACAGUUCCUGAUAAGACAAUAAUUGAUGAUGUCGCUGCAGGAUUUUUGGAUCUUCUGUACAAGGCAUAA